CUUGCCGUUUCUCACUCGUUCUCGGUUUGUAUCCUCUGGCACUGCAGGGGACUCCCGGCUUGCAGCCUCACCAAGCAAAGCUGAAAAGCGAGCAAAGAAACAGAGAGGGGAAGAAAAAGAAACAGACUUCCAGAAAUAGCAUCAGCCACGUACGACAGAACCGAGCAUGGAGAACCUGAGACCCAGACGCAAGAUGUCUUUCCUUUCCAACUUGACACCCGUUGUCCUGUUGCUGAUCGUCCACUGUGGAUCCUGGUCCCUGGCGGGUCGCUUGGGCCCCCACAAAAACUGCCUGACCUGCAAAGACGGGCACUCCUCGGGCGCGGGCCGGGCCUCCAGGGACCCGGCUGGGGCGGCCAGCACGACCGUGUUGGCGUCGGGGGAGCCCUGUGGGGUGUACACCCUGAGCUGCGCCAGGGGUCUUCGCUGCGUGCCCCCUCCGCGUGAACACAGCCCCCUUCAGGCUCUACUGCAGGGCAGAGGCUCCUGCGCCAAACAGAGCAGGACGAGUCCCACCGAGAAGCCCCGCCCCACAGGGUCACAUCCUUCACACGGUGGUGAAAUAGAAAAGGCUCCAUGUCGUAAGCUGCUCAACAGUGUCUUGCGAGGUCUUGAGCUCACCAUUUUCCAGUCUGAUCGCGACAUCUACAUCCCAAACUGUGACACGCGUGGGUUCUACAGGAAAAAGCAGUGUCGGUCCUCUAAGGGCAUGCAGCGCGGGCACUGCUGGUGCGUGGACGAGCAGGGCAACACCGUGCCGUCACGUGCCGGGGAGGAUGGCAUUUUACCAUGUGAUGGAGAGUGAGGGGAGCGACAGCCCCACAGCUCUGAGCCUGGAGGAAGAGGAGGGGUACAGGGAGAGGGGAUGACUUCAGCUCGGUGCAAGACACUGCCUGACCAGGACACACCAGGGAUAAACCACUUCACAUGGGAACGGGCCCUAACUCAGAACGUCCAGAGCACGUUCACUGCCAUAAACUCGACCAUCAUGAGCAUCAGCAUCAGAACACAGAAAUAAUGACCACUACACCACAUGAGCUUAAGUCGAGAUAGGUCAGCUCUUACAGAGAGAUCUUUAAUUCCUUGCCCUACAGUAGAACUUCUUGUGUGUGUGUGCGCGCGCGUGCGAUAGCUAUGUUUGUUUCUCAAUGGGCUGUUAUACUGUUAAAACCAUCCCCUCUCCCCUUCUCCAACAAUACACUGACUAAACUAUACUUAAGAAAACGGAAUAUACCUUCUUGUCUAAUUUAUUCUGGAGCAUUACUAAAUUUCCUUGAAUACUUUCCUUGAGGACCUGUACACAUUUGUCAUGUAAUCGACAUCUAAACACUAUCAUAAUGUGCACAUUCGGAAAGUACUCCUUUUUCAUUCAUACGACACUGACUGCAAACACACAUCGUGGAUUAUUUGUACAUAAGUGAGUUUAUUGUGGUUGGUUGUGUCAUGAGGUGGAAUAUUCUUGAAUGCUGAUGGCUGUUACCUUUUUUGAGAAGUUGUUAGGCAUAUUUUUAUAUAUUUCAAUAUGCUAUUUUAUAUAUAUAUAAAUAUAUAUAAAUUGUGGAUUUAUUUAAUGAACUACGAUGCCAUGUAUUUUUAUAUUGUCAGCAGUUUUUCAUCGUCAAAACAGAGCUUAUUUUAUUCGCUAAGUGAAUGAGUGCCAUAUGUUGGUGACACCAUACAAAGGGAUUAAAAACAAAAACAAUUUAAACACCCUUUAGAGAGCAUUUACUGCUGUACAUGUGUUUUUUAUAUUAUUAUUAUUAUUAUUUCUUGUCAGUUGUUUCAUUAUUUAUGUUGAUCCUUCAGUAUUGGAAAGUGUUAUCGCUUAAUAUCGCUUAAUAUUUUCAAUAUUUCAGAUUGUAUUCUGGGUAAUUUGUUCAGAACGCUGUGUUUUCUCAUUUCCACAAUGCAUUGAGAAAAAAAGUGCACAAAAUAAUGUCUGAUCAAUGUACCUCACAAUGAUUUUGUUGUAUCAAUAUAUGUGCCAGUAGUUGUGGGCCCUUGAAAAGGAGCCCAUUGCAAAAA